AUGAGGACUGACCCCGUUGACUCCCAAGGGAGCCAAGAUCUCUCACACAAGCUUUCUGAGGACGAUGCAUGGAACCUGCAGCAGGAGAGGAUGUACAAGAUGCACCGGGACCAUGAGUCCAUGCAUGUGGAGAUGAUCUUGAUCUUCCUCUGUGCCCUGGUCGUUGCCCAGGUAGUGCUGGUGCAGUGGAGACAGAGGCAUGGCCAGUCCUACAACCUGGUGACCUUGUUGCAGAUAUGGGUUGUCCCUUUCUAUUUCACAAUAAAACUUUACUGGUGGCGGUUUCUGUCUGUGUGGGGAACGUUCUCAGCUAUCACCAGUUAUAUCCUCUUCAGAGCCACCCGAAAACCCCUGUCACGGAGAACACCACGAUUGGUCUACAAAUGGUUUCUUCUAAUCUACAAGCUCAGCUAUGCUUUUGGUGUUGUGGGUUAUUUGGCUAUCAGGUUUACAAUGUGUGGAUUCAAUUUAUUUUCCAAAAUCAAAGCUAGAGAUUGCAUGGAUUUUGGCAUUGUGUCUUUGUUCUAUGGCCGCUACUAUGGAGCAAUGGGGAGAGACUUCACUGAGAUUUGCUCAGAUUACAUGGCUUCUACUAUAGGGUUCUACAGUGUCACUGGGAUGCCCACAAGGAGCCUGUCAGACACUAUUUGUGCCAUCUGUGGGCAGAAGAUCAUUGUGGAGCUCGAUGAGGAAGGGCUCAUUGACAACACCUACCAGCUUUCAUGUAGUCAUGUCUUUCAUGAAUUCUGCGUCCGAGGUUGGUGUAUCAUCGGUAAAAAGCAGACUUUCCCUUACUGCAAAGAGAAGGUAGAUUUGAAGAGGAUGAUCAGUAAUCCAUAUGAGCACACACAUUUUUUGUAUGGACAAAUUUUUCAUUGGCUUCGUUACUUGGUGGCCUGGCAACCUGUGAUGAUAGGAAUAGUUCAGGCAUUAACUGUUCUCUAG